AUGUGCUGGUCUGAUCUGCCGGCCGAUCUGAUAUCGGCGAUCGCCGACAGGAUGACCGAGCACGCGGACCUUGCGCGCUUCCGCUCGGUGUGCCCAUCGUGGCGCUCAGCCUCGGCGGCGCACGCCGCCCGUCGCCGCGUACCGCUGCUUCUCGUGCCAAGCCAGGACUACUCCCGCGUCGACCGCCGUCUCUGGUCCCUCGCCGACGACAGCGUUGCCGAGAUCCCCGUGCCCGCCGCGCGCGGCCGCUCGUUCCUCUUCGCCUCGCCGCGCGGCUGGACGCUCGGCGUGGACAACGACCUCGCGGCCACGCUACUGCACCCCUUCACCGGCGCGUCGGAGAGCCUGCCCGCACUGCCGCCCUCGUUCCACGACGGCGACCAGAGGAUCCUCCGUGACACGGUGUGGGAUCGGUCUCCGGACGCCGUGGUGGUCUCGUCGGGAAAGGGCGCGUUCUUCUGCCGGCUGCGGCCGGUGGGUGACCGCGGAUCGUGGAGCCCGGUGGCGGGAUUAUGCUCCCAGGCCGCGGAUCGUGUCACCAGCAUCACCUACUGCGACGACGGCACGUUCUACCUCCUGAACAAGCGCGCGGGCAAGGUGACGGCUGUGGACGGCGAAACCUUCGCCGUCGUCGCGGCCAUCGAGCCGCCGGAUCUGGCGAUGCCCAGACCCUGGCUCAUCCCCGAGUCCACGCUCGUUGCGUCGUCCGCGGAGCUCCUUCUGAUCGUCAGGACGCAGCUCGUGUACCAAGGAUAUUCUGGUUCUGAUGAGGGCAUCUUCAAGGUCUUCCGCGCGGAGCGCCGGAGCCUGGCGGCCGGGUGGUCGGAGGUCGCCGGCGACAUUGGCGACCGCGCCGUGUUCGUGGACCACCUCCGGGGGUUAUGCGUGGAGGCCAACGGGGUGAACGGGGUGCGGAGGAACUGCGUGUACGUGGCAAGCUCGUACGAGGAGGUGGACGACGGCUACCUUUUUGGGUGGGUCGUCUUUGGGAGGUACACCGUCUCCGUGCUCGAACUCGACGACCUUAGCACCCAGAACCUCUCGCAUGGGAACCUGCUGAAAUGCAGGUGCGGUAGAUUCUGGCAGUGGCCUUCCUGGUGCAUGCCCAAUCUGCACUGA